AUGGAUUCCGAUCAAGAAGAUACUCACGGAAAACCACUUUCUCUUGAGAAUCUUGUCCUGAUUUUGCAAGGAACAAAACCAGCCAUGGAAAUCAAAGAAACUCCAACCUGUGAAAUGGAUGAUCAAUCAUCUCCUGAGAAAAAGCGUAGACUAACGAUUGAACAAGUGAAUCUGCUAGAGAAGAGCUUUGAAGAAGAGAACAAACUAGAACCAGAGAGAAAGACUGAGCUAGCUAAAAGGCUUGGAUUGCCUCAACGUCAAGUAGCCGUUUGGUUUCAGAAUCGAAAAGCUCGAUGCAAGAUCAAACAAAUCGAAAGAGACUACGAUGUUCUCAAGGCUUGUUACGAUUCCCUCCUGGCAAAACAUGAAUCAGUCAUCUCAGAGAACGAGAAGCUCAAAUCUAAAGUCUUAACUUUGACUGAGAUGCUUCUUCCUGCAACAAACCAAACACAAAGAAAUCUCCAAGACAAGCUUAACUCUAAAGGUGAUGAAACUAUGAGCUCUUCCACAGCUUUAGUUCCAUUAGCUAAUGAAGAUUACUUCACCAACAUCGAUGGAUCAUUCAGCUGUUGGGUCUGGCCAUCAAAUCUUAAGUGA